UCAGUCAGCUUUAAACUCUCUGAAACAUGAUUCAACAUGUAAGAAAACAUUCAGCUGCUCUGAGUGUGGGAGGAGAUUUGACUUCAAGUCAUAUCUGAAGAGACACAUGAUGAGUCAUACAGGAGAGAAACCUUUCAGCUGCUCCGUCUGUAAGAAAUCUUUUGGAUUAAGUGAUGAUUUCCGGAAACACGUGAGAAUCCAUACGGGAGAGAAACCUUUCAGCUGCACUGAGUGUGGGAGAAGAUUUGUCCGAAAGGGAAGUCUGAAGAGACACAUGAGAUCUCAUUCAGGAGAAAAACCUUUCAGCUGCUCAGUCUGUAAGAAAUCUUUGGCAGACAAGGGAAGUGUAAAUACACACAUGAGAAUCCACACAGGAGAGAGAACUUUUAUUUGCUCUGAGUGUGGAAGAAGAUUUAGACGCAACUCAGAUCUGAGGAGACACAUGAGAACUCACACAGGAGAGAAACCUUUCAGCUGCUCAGUUUGUGCUCAACGAUUUGGCAGCUAAACAAAUCUGAAGACUCACAUGAGAAUCCACACAGGAGAGAAACCUUUUGUUUGCUCUAAAUGUGGGAAAAGAUUUAACGACAACUCAAGCCUGAGGAGACACACGAGAACUCAUACAGGAGAAAAAACCUUCAGCUGCUCAGUCUGUAUGAAAUGUUUUACACAGAGUGGAAGUUUAAAGAAACACAUAAGAAGUCAUACAGGAGAGAAACCUGUCAGCUCUUCAGUUUGUAAGAAGUCUUUUACACAGAGUAGCCCUUUAAAACAUCACAUGAAACAACACACAGGAGAGGGACCGUCUACUUCCUGUGUUACUGACAAUUAA